UGGUGCUAAACUGCACAGCCACCCGCGGGUCCCCAUCCCCUGGGAUUUCUAGAAUGAGGUCUGCCCCAUGCUGACGUGUGCGGGGCAGAGUGCUCACCAGCAGGGCUCCUGCUGCCUAGGACUCACUAAUUCCCUUGAACCUCAUUGUCUUCACCUGGAACGUGAGAACGAGACUAUUUUUCUGGGCUGUUCCAAGAAUUAACCCGCGUGACGCAGUGUCCGCUGUGCACAGCCCCGUACACCGGGCCACACUGCGCCGCUACGGUGCUGGCGGACAUUCUGGGCGCUGGCACAAAGCUGCAGCCACAGAUGUUAAGCGGCGCUGCACUCGCUAGAGCCCGCUGCGCUGGUCACAUGUUUGGGGUCAGGGCGGCGCUGCUCCUGCUCCUUCCCUGAGCGCCGACGUCUCCGAGCGAACCCCUGGGUCGUCAGGGCUGCCCCGGCCCAGGGCAAACGCUCCCAACUGUGAUCCAGAACUCCAACGUGUCAUGGGAUUUCUGGGGCCUCUGGGCAUCAAGGAAGGAGGAGGAAAUUCCAAGUGUUCUUCAGGCUUAAUAAAGAAGCAGCGUACCUGUUCGCGCCUCUCAGAAAACAGAGUGACUGCCAGUGUUCUUACCAAGACGGCCAGUCCCGGCGCGAGGUGGCCGCUCAGCGCUUUGCCUUCCAGGGGUGACGGCGCGUGCAGGCGGGGCACCAGUCUCCGGAGCCCCCAGCCGCAAUUCCAGAAUCGUGCCGUCGUGGGGCACAGGAACGCUGUUGUCCCGCCAGACCCAAGAGGAGGGGCCGCCUCGCUGUGUCCUGGAAGAGCCCUUGCAGAGAGCAGUGCCGUGUCCCCUGCCUUUCUAGAUUCCGUCUUCUGGCGUCGAGGAGGAUCUGGGGUUUCAGAGCUGAGCGCUACAACAGCUUGGCCCGAGGGGGAGCAGGCCCGGGAAGCCUGGAGCCAGAGCGGGCUCACCCCGAGGUGCGCAAGUGCUGUGCCUGUGUAACCACCAGACCGUGUCCCCGAGACUGCCCCCUGCCCGCAGGGUGACCGGCCACUUCAUUUUCCAUGCGCUUGUAAAGCCCCCGCCGCAACCCGUGAAGGGACUCAGAGGCUGGCAUCGGAGGCAGAGCUGGGAGUGGGGGCGGCCGGGUCCCCAGUCGGCCGGCUGCUGCUACCUGGCGCUGCUCACUUAGUGCACCGGGCAGCAAUUGCAUCUUCAAAGAAAUGCCCUCUGCGAGAUUCCUAAAGAUUUCUUCCAGCUACUGCCAAAGCUCACCUGGCUGGACCUCCGCCAUAAUAGGAUUAAAGCCCUUCCUUCGGGGAUUGGGUCUCACAAGCAUUUGAAAACUUUGCUUUUAGAAAGAAAUCCUAUCAAGAUGUUACCUGUGGAGCUGGGGAACGUGACCACACUGAAAGCCCUGAACCUGAGACACUGCCCUCUGGAGUUCCCUGCUCCACUCGUUGUGCAGAAGGGACUGGGCGCUAUCCUGGCCUUCCUGCAGAUCUAUGCCGCCCAACACUCUGCGCCCCAGGAUUUAACUUCUCCAGUGAUUUCACCAGUUCCAACGAUGAACCUAAGUCUGCUGCCACAGCCCUUGUCGGAUUUAUCCCAAGAAGGUGUGCCUGACAAAGACAUCAUUAAUUCUCAGGAUCAGGAGGGGAUGUUAAAAGAAAAGGCAGACUUUUUCCCACCCAUUGAAAAGCUAGACCUGAGUGAGCUCAGAAAUUCCGCCGAUUCCCCAGAAGACUGGCCGAGUGAGGAAGAGAUCAAGCGCUUUUGGAAGUUGAGGCAGGAGAUCGUUGAGAACGAUCAAGCAGUAGUGCUUGAAAACCAGCUCUUACCAGUGGAAUUACCUCCACAUCUCAAGGCAGCACUAAACGCAAAGGAGAAAGAACAUUCCAACACAAGACAUGUUUCCAGGGAGUGCUAUCCGAGGGGGAGUGUCCAUCGCAGGGGCCGUGAUGGUAGAAGGAAGAUGCCCUCCCUCCGGAGCAUCCUGCCUGCCCUGGCACCAUCGCAGCGAGCAGCGCUUCCCCCCAGGAGGCCCCCCGAGAGCAGGGCCGGGGCCCUCCAGGAGCGCGGGGAGAAGCAGGCCAUGACGGAGCAGCGGAGGAGAGAUGAGCGAGCGCUGCGCGAGUGGAGGGAGCGCGCCCGGACCAGGAGGAUGGCGGAGGACGCACCCAGCAAGCCCCUGCCUCCGUGGCGGAGUCGGGUGACCUCCAAGGCUCCCUUCGCCACGGAUUUGAUUGAUAAUGAGACUACGCCAGUGAACCCAUCUGGAAAAAUGAGGCCAAGCAAAGAGAGGUCCUCGCACGCAAGCAAAGACGUGAGUGCCUUCCGAGAGGAGCAUCUAGAAGAAACCGCAACACAGCACAUUCAGAAACUGCACGAACACAGAAAAAAGUUCCAGGGGCUGGAUCCACUCGAGGAAGUCAGACAGGCUACGCAGGAUUUAGAGAUUGCCAGAAAACUCCAGGAGCAAGUGAGGAAGCUGAGGCUGGGGCCCACCUGGACUAGAAGCCAGCAGUUCACAGCUCUCGCUGGACGCCCGCCACGGCACCCACCUGCGUCGCGGCCUUGGGACAUAUUGUUUAACGUGAAACACUAAGAGUCUGAGACAGCGGACAGAUGCUCGGAGCGUGCGCUGCUUGUGCCCAGCGAAGAUCCUCGGGGCCGAGAAGUGGGUCUAGCAGCUCGUGUGCCGCCCAGGUGCCCCCUCCCCACGUGUCCCAGGGGGCGGGUGCCGAUGCCACCCCUGGGCCCACCUUCCCAGCCUCAUCUGUGCGGCCUCGCAGAGGCUGGACCGGGUUUAAGCUGGAUUAAAGGAGAGAGUACCGUGGACGCCCCCCGUGCCCCGUGUGUGCCGCUCGGCUGGCCGCGUGUCUGAGUGUCUCCCCUACCUCUGCUGCCCGGGUCUUUGCCCACCAGGGAGGGGCGCUGCCCCGGGGCGCUGGCUGAGCCCUCACCCCCACCCUGCACUGCCAGUCCCGGCCUCAGCCCUGCAGCCUGCACGCCUCCCCCCCACAGGCCGGUCACACCCUGCCCGCCUCACUCUGCAGGACCCGCUGACUGCGAGUUAAAUAAAUUCACGGCCUUCACCUUGAAAAUGCCCUUGAUUGGAUUUGGCAGCUCCUUGGCCUCCGAGGAGCGGGGGCCAGAGCUAGACCAGGCCCACCGGGGGUCCAGUGAC